UUUACUCUGUCUUUACUUAAAAGCAACUUACACGAACCUGGUUCGUGUUCUGGGGUAAGGUUUCUUCAAUUGGUAUCAGAGCCGGUCUUUUCGUUAAAAGAUUCACACCUUGAAAAGACUCAAUGGCAGCACCACCUACCCCACAAGAGGGAGCUUCACAAACACGACCACCACUGUUCAAUGGCAAAUAUUAUGGAUGGUGGAAAAAUCGUAUGAUGGACCAUCUUAUUGGCGAAAACCCUGAUCUAUGGGGAGUAAUUCUAGAUGUCCCAACCAUACCUAUGAAAACCGCAACUGAUGGAAUCACCAAAAUCCCAAAAGAAAGAAAAGAAUGGAAUGCUGAAGACAAGCUUGCAAUUCAAAACAAUGCCAAGGCCAAGAAAAUUCUUAUCUGUGGUAUAGGACCAGACGAAUACAAUCGAAUCUCGUCUUGUCAAGAUGCCAAAGCCAUAUGGGAAACACUACAAACUGCUCAUGAGGGAACAACGCAAGUCAAGAAGUCUAAAAUUGAUAACUUGAACAGGCAAUAUGAGCUGUUCAGGAUGGCAGAAGGGGAGACUAUCCAAGACAUGCACACCAGGUUCACCUCCAUCAUUAAUGAGAUGUACUCUUUAGGAGAGAUAGUUCCUAAUGGAAAGGCAGUAAGGAAACUGUUGAGUGUUCUUCCUGAGACUUGGGAAAGCAAAGUCGAGGCUAUCACUGAAGCCCGCGAUCUAGACUCACUGGCCAUGGAUGAGUUAAUUGGCAAUCUCAUCACAUACGAACUCAAGAAAAACCAAGAAAAGGAAAUUGGAGGAAAAAGGAAGGAAAGGAACCUGGUUCUAAAUAAAAAUGCAUCAGAUGAUUUUGAAGAUGAAAAUAUUGCCCUCAUAACCAAAAGGUUCACCAGAAUGCUAAAGAGAGGGCAGACCUUUCAAAAGAAAACUUCUCAAAAACCAUCUGAAAACACUAAAGACCAGGUUUGUCAUAAAUGUGGGAGCCCAGAUCACUUCAUCAAAUUCUGUCCACUUUGGGCUUUAGAGCAGAAAAAGGCAAACUUUGAGAAGGUCAAAGACAUCAAGAAUGAUAAGUACAUUCCCACAAACAGAAGAAUGACCAAUCAAGAAGCGGAUCUUUCAACGAGAAGAGCCUUUGCCGCUAUGGGGGACUUAUCUGAAGAAGAAUUUGAGGAUGGAGGGUUCGAAAAUCAGUCACUACUUGCAAUAGAACAAUCAAAUAAAUAUGAUUUUCUUGCACUCAUUGCUGAAACAGAUUCUGAAGAUGAUGAAGAAGAUGACAAACAAAGCAAGGUAAGUUUUCAUCACAUCAAAGUAAAUAUUGAAUCAUAUUCUAAAAAGGAACUAGAGUCUUUAUUGAGUACUCUUAUAGAUGCAUAUCAGUCUGUCAAUUCUGAAAGAGAACAAGUGAUGGAAAACUAUGCAUCUUUAAGAGAAGUCAAUGACAAUCUUGAGAAACACAAUCACUUUCUUCAAAAUAAAUUAAAAGAACAGAUUAAAAUCUCAGAGUUAAGUCACAAGGGCAAAAACUCUGCUAGUGAACUUCAAUUAGCUCUAGAAGAAAAAAUAAAAUUGUUAACCAUAAAAUAUCAAGCUUUAACAGAAAGGAAUAGGUUGUUACAAGAAAAUCUUGAUCAUACCAAACUGGAUCUGGAAAGAAAUCUUAGAUGGACCAGGUCCUCUGAAAUUUUAACUCAGAUUCAAGAAAAGCAAACCACUAGUCGAAGUGGGAUAGGUUUUAAAAAACAGAAUAAUCUUGUGUCACACACUAUUCACAUGUCUAAAAGUUUAUGCACUCAUUGUGGAAACUCAGGUCAUUUAAAGAAUCAAUGUAAAGCUUUAUUUGAGGCUUUUCAGAAAAAUGUUAAGUUCACCAAAAAGGAAAAGACUGAUACGGCUAAGAACCUGGUUCGAAAUAAAAAUGCUCCAAAUAAAAGGUUUUCUUAUUUGCCUUUAUGGGCUAGAAGAAAUCUUAUUCAUCCUUUUACUCACAUAAAGGGGCCCAAGCUAAUCUGGGUUCCCAAGACUAAUCUUUGACUAGUGUUUCAGGUGAAGGUGAGAGGGAAAAGGCCAACUUGGUACAUGAAUAGUGCAUGCUCCAAACAUGUGCUAAAAAUGGUAGAAAAUUUCCUCUCGCUCUUUGAUUUUCAAGGAGACAGUUUAUUCCUUGAAAAGGAUGAAAAAAAAAAAGUUGAAGAAAGUGACAUGAUAUCAAACAUCUUUGAUGAUGCAAAUUUAGGGAACACUGCAUAUGAACCUGGUUCACAGCUAACAAUCAUUGAUGCACCUGCAACAUGAAUUACUACUAAUCUAUGGUUCUGGAGAUUGGGGGAAUAUUAGAGCAAUCGGGACAGUAAGAGUAUGGCACACCUUUAGGGGGAACUUCGUUGUGUGAACAUGGUCCUUGUUAUUCAUUGGAAGGUAUUGAAAAUUGACAAGGGUUGGUUCUCUGUGAAUCAGCUUGAGAUUCAUUUGAUCUGGGAGAAUAUGAUGAUGCGACAUUCUCAUGAAGGCCUUGAAUAUGAAGAACUUGAGAAAAAUCAGUCAAAGCAUGGUGUUAUCGAAACAAGUUGAUGCAUUAUCAUGAUUUCCUUUAAUAAUUGGCUAGUAAAAGAAUAAUCUUACGCUUGAGUAAUUAUACAAUGAAUAUCUGCUAACUCAACCUCGUACUGUAACAGGUACACACUCAAGUCACAUCUCAAACAAUGCUUAGAAAGUUUGCGGAUGUUAUCUCUUCUUUUUGCUAACACCAUUAAGUAAGUCAUGAAGAAACACAAAAAAGGGGAACCUGGUUUCUCUGUAAUACUCAGGUAUGUACCAUCCUUUUUCAAUGCAUUAAUUUCCUGAGUGUGGGUCAAACAUAAGCACUAAUGAACCUGGUCGAUCAUCAAAAAUUCAACUUUCUUAAAGAUCACCAAGAACCCUCUUUGACAAUAAGCAUCGUUCAAUCUCAAACUGCUCUAAUGAUGAAAAUCUCAGUAUUGAAGUCACUCAUGCUUUAAUUUAGGGGGAACCCUGCUUUAUCACCCACAUCUGAACCAGGUUCACAAACUCCAAAUUGAUAUUUCAUCCAUUCCAAGUGUAUAACUUGUCUAUCUCUCAGGGGGAACAAUUCUCACAGAAAUAAAUUGUUGCUUGCUUUCAUUAUUGAUAAACACAUCUCUUUGUGCACCAAAAUGUGAUGAAUCUCUUACUGGUAGUUGGUACUCCUUCAAAGUUGUCAUCAAGAAAAAGGCUAUCAAAAAAAAAAAAAAAA